AUUGUGAAAAUUAUGCUCAAAUAUCUAAUAUAACUGAAAUAAAACAAACUCAUCGUGUUUAUUUCAAGUGUCGAUAAAAAUUUUACUAAACAUGGCAACUGUAUCCGCUGCGCCAGCACCAGGGUUGCAACAAAUUGAUUUAUCUAAAUUAAAUAUCCAGCAGUUGGCUCAGUUGAAACAACAACUAGACCAAGAGCUGAAUGUCUUGCAAGAAUCACUUCAUACUUUGAAGAUAGCACAAGGCAAGUUUGUGGAGUCUGGUGAGAGUGUAGAAAAGAUGACACCAGACAUUAAAGGCAGAACUAUUCUGGUACCUCUAACUGGGUCCAUGUAUGUGCCUGGUAUAAUUGCAGACACUGAGAAUGUUAUUAUAGAUAUUGGCACUGGAUACUACGCGCAAAAGGACAUUGAAGGUGCAAAAGACUACUUUAAACGAAAAGUUCAGUUUGUUACGGAACAAAUGGAAAAAAUUCAAAUGUUGGGCAUGGAGAAGUCCAAGAUCCGUGAAGCAAUCUGUACAAUGAUGGAAAUGAAACUCCAUGCCCAGGCACAGGCCCAAAAGCCAUCUUCUUCAUAACAUUAGUAGUUUUUGAUUUGCUUGCUUUAUUGUGUAACUUUCUGCAUUGUCUUGAGACUGUUUUAAUAUUAAAAGUGGAAUGCUGAACAGUUUAAUAAUGUUUACAGAUGAAAGUAGUAUCCCGUGAUAGAGAUAGGGCAAUUACUGUAAUGGUUUACAACUACCUUUUCAGUGGUUUAGUAUUUAACUAAAUUGCUGAAAAUUGCCAUAUCCAAAAAAGGGAAAAAUUUGUCUUAUUUGGUAUGUUUGCUAGGUGGUUUGGCAAUUGCAGUAAAGUCUUUAUGUUAAACACUGCUGCUUGAAUUUAUGAAAUAAUCACUUUCUUUGGCACCUGUGGAAACAGGCAGAAUACUUAACAAAUUUGUUAUAUGCUUUGUGCUUGGGCAUAUAAAGGAUACUAUUUUUAAUUUUCUUGAGAUCAUAACCAGAGAAUUUAUACCCUCCUUGAUAUAACAGUAGUUGGCUGCUAGAUUAUGUAUUUGUUUGAGCUAGAUAAAUAUUGCUGUAUGAAUCUGAACUCUUAAAACAUAACUGCAGUUUCAUAAACAAAUGUUAUUCAUAUAUUUAAAUAAAUGUGCACCAGCAUUGUACAUGGAUAGAGAGCAGAAUUUUUUAUAUAUAUGAAAGAUCACAUCAUUACCUAAUUUUUAAUGUUUUAGUUUGGUU